CUUGUGAAUUUUUUAAAGUCUAAUUUACUUUCUAGCCCAAUUUUUUUUUAACUUUCCAUUCAAGUUUUGUUUGUUAUUACUCAAAUCUUGUCGUCAUCCUCUUUGGGUUCUGUUGUUUGUGUGCUUCGUAUCAAAUUGGGUUUUGUUUCCAAGAUAAUUGUUCUGUAUUGAUUCCUUGUUGCUGUAGAUUAGAACUGAGGAAAUUAUGUUUUUUCUUGUAUCUGAUUAUAGUAGAUUUCUUCCAAAUAGUUUUAUAUAUUUACUCUUUCUCUCUUUCUCACCUUUGAAAUCAUCGCCGUUGGAAUAAUAAUAAAAAUAGUUGCAUAACCCAAUUCCUCGUUUUUAAUGGCGUACUCUGCGGGGAAAGAAUAUAUGGAUACCGAAUGGACUAAUGAGAAGCAUAGUUUAUAUAUUAAAUCUAUGGAAACUUCAUUCGUAGAUCAGUUAUAUAGUUCCCUUGGUGCUCUCGGGGAGAAGGACAAUGUAUCCGAAUCCACGAGGUUCGGUAGCAGCGGUAGGAAACCGUCUCAAGAACAGUUCAAGGUUCUUCAUGAUGGUUUAUGGCAGAAGAUUAAUGUGAAACAACCUGAACAUCGGAGUAACUUAAGACACGGUGGUGGUUCUCAUGAGUUUCUUAGGAGUCCAUGGAUCAAGCAUUAUAAACCUUUAGUAAAGGCACAAAUUCAGGUAAAGGGUGAAGGUACUUCCGAGCUCGAAAGUCAAGUGGUCAGCUCAAAUGGGAAGACAGUAAUGGUCAUAUGCAGCUCUGGUUCAGCCUCAAGUCUCAAGCAUAUAUGCUCUCAUUUGCGUGACCACGACCAAAUCAGCGUUGGAGAAGCAAGGGAGAUGGAUGAGUACGAUAGUGGAGGUUCUGAGAAGUUUGAAGAGUGAUGCUUCUAAUUCUUCGGCAGGAGCGUAAAUGUUAAGUGCUAUCAUAAGUGGACUUUGCUUCAUUAUCUCUAAAUGUUGUUGUUUUCUUGAAGUUUAUGUGUUGUCUUAAACUUACCGUC